AUGGUUCAACUCUUCAUACUCGCACUCGCCAGCCUAACAGGACUGGCAAAUGCACUACCAGUGAAUGAAGACAGUCCUGGCUUAAUCCCACGCGAUUCUUGCCAGAUUGCUACGGAUUAUACUACCACAGUGACUGCCACUGCCACCUCCAUCAGCACAGUGAUUGUCACCAGUACCAGCCUCACCAGUUCUACUGAACCAAUCGUCACAUCAACUCCCCAAUGCACAACGCUCGCUAUCAAAAGGUUCAGCAUAGGCGACACCAAUCAAACCACAGUAGCGCAAGCAAAUCUCUACUCAGGCAGCGACAUUGUCAUCGACACCGACUCCCUCUUCGGUCCCUUCACCAACCCAUUCCCGUCAACUGAUACUUGGUUCGGCCAAAUCCCCAGUGUGUCUUUGCUGUUCACUUGCGACAGCGAAUGGCGCGUUUGGAUCAGUUAUGAAGGGGCUGGAACUUAUACACUCUCUCCAGGCUCUCUCGAUCUGAGCCCUGACGCCCUAAGUGUCGGUCCUACUACCCCUAUCGGUGGCUCCAGUAUCAAUAUCUAUGCUGUUGUUUGGGGGGUUGAUCUGAUCACCAAUCAAGUCGUUAUCAACAGCUUGUAUAAUUGUCAGGGGAGUGCGAAUCGGUUCACGUGGAAUGAUGCAUUCAUGCAUGCAGAUGCUUGGACUGGACAUGAGAAGACGGGUGCUAUUUACUAUAUUGAUUCCAGUGGGGAGUUGCAGAUUCUCUAUGGUAGACAAGGGACUUAUGGGACUUUUCCCUGGCCGUGA